AUGGUAGUAGGCUGGUUGCUUUGGUUGGUAUAAAGACCGCAAUUUGGCCGAGGGAAGGCACACUCGGUCACAACACUCGUCUCAGUAAACAUCUAAAUUCUCUUACCCUGUAUUUUAAGUAUAAUGAACACCUUUGCCGUGUUUUUGGCCUUUGCGCUGGCUGCGGUUGCCGUGGCUGAACCGCCAUCCGGUUACAACUACAACCGGCCCUCGUCGGGUGGAUACUCUCACGGAGGCGGUGGUGGCGGUGGCGGUUACUCCAGCGGCGGCGGCUAUUCCAGCGGCGGAUCUUCCGGCUAUGUUGGCAGCUUCAGCAGCGCCGGAAGCUUCUCCAGUGGUGGUGGCGGCGGCGGUAGCCUCCAGAACGUUCCAGUCGGUGGCCAAACCUCCGAAGGUCUGAACGUCGACCAGCAGCUGCUGAACGAGAUCCGACAGAUCCUGCUCCGCGAGGAAAGCCAAAGCUCGUCGUCGGGUGGCUUCGGAGGAAGCGCCCCAAGCGGAUCGUACGGACCACCAAGCGGAUCCUAUGGACCACCAAGUGGAUCGUACGGAGCCCCACAUGGCGGAUCUUCUGGCCGCGUCGUUGGAAUCGAUCUGGAAGGAGUGCGGCAAGCCAUCCAGGUUGCCCAAUACCUGCAGACGGCUUCCUCCUCCGUGCCAUCCGGUUCGUAUGGAGCUCCUUCGGGCGGCUCGUACCCAUCGGCUCCAUCCGGCUCGUACGGUGCUCCAUCUCGCCCAUCCGGCAGCUACGGAGCUCCAUUCUAAGGACUGAAACCAAAAAAAUCCAAAAAAAGCCCUUCAAGCCCUUCACCGGGCUCCUGAAGUCGCGCAACCCUUCAGACCGUCUGCAGAAAGAGCCCACAAUUGGAUAUCCGAACCGGCCAACGUACCAAGGAUCAUGCGAAUAAAUCCAACGAACAUAGCGAACAAAAUUGUCAGAAACAAGACUUAGAACACGCCACCACCAUUACAAAGAACAAAAACACGCACAUUCAACAACACUAUCACCUAUACUUUCAAACGGGUCUGAGCGAGCGGAGUGUCCUCUGGCGAGUGUCCUCCCCCCUUAUGGUCUCUCCUCUCCAUACGAGACCACCCUUCCACCUUCGGGAGUUGGACAACCGUCGGACUGCUCCGACAUAGAAAAAAAAAAAGCAACAACCGAUGCUGUAGCCGAUUGUCCAAGUGAAACGACGAGAAUCAACAACAUCAGCACCCCGAUUCAGUAACAGUAACGAACCCCGGAACAACAUCCUAAGCCGGCAAAUGCAUUCUCAGCAACACGUGAAACACCCUGGCUAUAGCACCGUUUGUUACAGGACGAGAGAGACAGACAUAUUACAACGAGAACAACUUUUGUUAUUCAUUUGUUUUGUACAUACUUGAAAAAAAACAUGUUUUUAUCUCUCUUUUAUCUAGUUACUUGUUAUAGUUGUUUUUGUACCGAGAAGUGAAAACGUAACCGAGAAAACAUAAAAAACAAAAAAAUAAUAAAAAAAAUCGAAAAAUUUGUCACCGUUAAAA